AGCUCAUUGUUGUACUUGCUACGCGUCUCCAGACCUCGGCGCACCACGCUCUCAACAGCUGCGAUCCCCGCCGCCGCUUGCAGGACCGUUCUAGCAGCAAGCCUGCACAGCCCUCUCUGCUGCUGCCGCGCGCGCGGGCCAGCCGCCGACGCCAUCGACGCGCCACGAGGAGAACGCCGUCGACACGUGAGUCCUACCGGCCACAGCACUCGAGGCAAACACCACUACGAAGCAGACAGCAAGAAACGAUGGGCGACACCGCCCACGUCCUCGAGCACCCGAGCGGCGACGGCAUCAAAGUGACGAUAUUACCGCUCGGCGCGACGAUCACGUCAGUAAGAGUGCCGGACAAGCACGGGAAUCGGGGCGAGUGCGUCCUCGGCUUCGAUCGGGAGGAGCCGUAUUUAGGAAAGAAUCCGUUCUUCGGCAGUGUCGCGGGUCGCGUGGCGAACCGCACGGCCAAUGCGGAAUUUUCCCUCGAUGGGAAGACCUAUGAAUUACAUGCCAACAACGGCCACCACCACCUCCACGGCGGCAAGGAGGGUUUCAACCGGAAGUGGUGGGCCGUCGUCGAGUCGACGGCGACGCAGCUGACGCUGGCUCUACGGUCACCGGACGGCGACGAGGGCUACCCCGGCACGCUCGACGUGCGCGUGACCUACUCCCUACCGACGGAAAACACUCUGAAGAUCGACUAUGCCGCCACGACGGACAAGGCGACGCCCUUGAACCUCACGAAUCAUGCGUAUUGGAACCUCGAGGACGGCGGGGCGUCGUCCGUCGACAAGCACGUCAUCCGCCUCGAGGCUCAAUUUUAUACACCUACGGAUGAUGAUUCCAUCCCGACCGGAGAAGUGAGAGCGGUCAAGGGCACGCCCAUGGACUACUGCUCGGCCCCCCGGGUUGUGGGGGAUGGAAUACUCGAAUGUGAUCAGGGCAACGGCGCCGAUCAUAAUUUUGUGCUCUCCGGUGCCGCCUCCGAGGAGGGCCUGCGGCCGGUCGCGACGCUCUGGUCGGAAAAGAGCGGGCGGCUCAUGAAGGUCUGGACGACGGAGCCGGGCGUGCAGUUCUACACGGGCAAUUUCCUGGCUCGCAUCGGUGUCUCGUCGAAGGCGCCUUGAGUGUUUGCCGUGGCCCCGACGCCAUCGACGCGGUCGAUGUCACACAGGACGGCACGUUGCGCCGCAGCGACGGCGCCAAGGGCUCGCCAAGUGUGGGCAUUCCCUACAGCAAAAGAGCCGGCCUCUGUCUGGAAUGCCAGCACUUCCCAGAUUCGAUCCACAGACCUCAUUUCCCCAACAUUGUGCUGCGGCCGGGCGAGACGUAUACGCAGACGACGGUGCACGAGUUCUCCUGCGCCGCGUCGCAG